AUGUCGGCCAAAUCGGGGUCGACGCCGUGUGUUUGUACGGAGGACAGUACAACUGAAGAAUCGUUGGUCAGCUUGAACUGCGAGUGCCCUCGGGAUGAGCGCGACAUUGUCAUCCACGAGGAAACAUGCUUAAUGUUCAGGAAUGAGAAGAUCACAUAUCAUAAGGAGUACGCUCGUGUCUUGAAGGAUGCCCUCAUUGUAAUAGGCCGGAUGGUGACCAGUCCGCUGGGGCUGGGGAAGGCGAUUGUCCAACUUCGCGAAGAAUUAAAACUGCAUAAACAGGAAUAUGACAAGGACUUGGAAGCCAUCUAUCGGAGUGAUCAUGACACCAACGCGCAAAGGAUCCUGAUAGAAGAAUACGAAGCGACUCUUGCGCAGCGCACUCUAGAACGUGAAGCCGCUGAGAAGCGCGCAAGGGAAGCGCAGGAGACUCACAAGAAAGUCAAGGCGAAGUUGGAUGAAGAUUUGAUUAGAGAACGCGAAACAGCAGAAGAGAUGGAAGCACUGAAUGCGUUAUGCCGUCAGUUGGAGGCGUGGCGUGAGGAGACCGACUCCGACCUGACUGUCAGCCAGCGCAUGUCUGACAAAAUGAAGGCUGAGAAACAGGCCCUAGCUGCUGAGAAAAGGCAACUGGACAUGUUUUUGUUCGGGCUGAAUAAUGAAGUCUGGAAGCUGGAGUCCAAGUUGGAGAUGUUCAAGAAACAGCUGGAAAUCAAAAACUCGGAGAUGGAGAAAGUUAACGAUAGAGUUACAGCAUAUGCUGCUGAGCUGGAGGACUUGGAACUGGACAAGCGCCGUCUGGUUUCCCUGUGGAACUCUGUCAUUGUUAACAUUACUCAACGGGAUAAGGUUUACGACUCCGUCAGAGAUGAUUACAAAACAUUGCAAGACAACUACCGAACACUACUGAACUCUCUGGAAAUUACGAAAAAGGUUGUGAUGGAAGAAAUGAACAAGGGCAAGGAGAUCGCCAUGAACAAGGACAAACUCAACUACGAUAUCGAACACGCAACUAAAGCUCUGUGGGAGAGCCAUGCUUCGGCACGAAUGGGUCGGCUCGACCGGAGUGAUACCACGGCCUCACAGAAAACCGGCGUGAAACAACCACAGCGUUGUGUUUCGCCGUAUGAUGUUGAGGACACAAAACGUCAGAGUUUAGAAGCGCUAAUCCACGAACUUACCGAGUCUAUUGAAAUGACUGAUCGGGAUCAUGAAAUGAUUAAAUCUGAGAACCAAACUAUGCGGAACAUGUUGAAAAGCACAGAGAAGGAACUAGAUAGAAAGGCAGAGUAUAAGCUCAAGCUGGAGAAUGAGAUCCUGUCGAACCUGCAGGAGUGCCUGCUCAAUGACAAGGCUGUGGAGUCCAUGGCCAACGGCAUACGGAAGAUGAGGGAGAUGUCGAGGAAACAGGAAAUAUCUCUAAUGUCAAUGGAGAACCAGCACGCUCGCAUACUCUUGGAGAUAGAGAUAAUGCGGAAUAGUCAAGCGAAGAACGCGGCGGUGCUGCAAGAGAAACAGGCUUUGGUGAAAAAGAAAGAGCAAGAGAUAGCCGAGCUGCAGUUAGAGUUUGACACUAAGUCGUCAGUCCUGACGAGGAAGCAAAGAGAGCUGGACAUCAUUACGAAGAAAUUUAUUGCACUGAAGGAGAUAUUUGAUAUGAAGUCUCCCCAAGAGCGUCGUAUUGAGGGCUUGGAGAAGCAGAUCAAGUGUUUGCGUGAGCGCACGGAGGUGAUGCAGCAUGAGUGGCUGCGGCAGCAGGGUCACGUGGUCAAGCUGGCGGACCAGCGCCAUCUCUUGGUCACCGACAUCAACCUCAUCAAUAAACAGAUCCAAAUCUGCGACCAAAAGAUAAUGCGGAUCCAAGCAGAGUCAGAAACAGUGCUAGCAGACAGAAACCGCGUGGAGCGCUCGCUGCGGUCGUUGCGUGGGAGACUCGAAGUACUGGAGAGGACGCGCAAGGAUGCCACCGAGAGGAACCAGCACGCACAACGGAGCAACCUCGCCAUAUCACAUGAAUACGCUGCGAGUCUCAAGUCUUCUCUACAUAAAGAGAGAUUUGCCACAAUCUCCACGCUUAGCAAGUGGGUUGGAGAUCGCAGUUUCAAGGUCCAGGUUUAUCAGAGAAGGGUACUAAUGUCUUCUAGGCGUGGUGUAGUCCAUCAGUCGGUUUUUAAGAUACCGCGGAACUACUACUAUCUAGCUUCCGCUGGCGGCUUGGCCCGCGUGGGAAUAUUAGCAGUAGAACUGAAGAAAAGCAUGGCCACUGCGAAGUCCAUGACUGGCGAAAUAGGACAGAUGAGGGCCGAAAUACAUAGGAUGGAGGUCCGUCGAGAACAGCUUCGCCGCACUAGUGAGAAACUUGCUGAUGACUUGGCUCUGUUCGUGACGCGCCGAGACACCGUCAUGGAUAAGACUAGGGCUGCUGCAGCCGUUGAGAAGUCCCAUGGACCUUCCAACACUUCGCAGUCUACUUACCAUCACAAAUUGAGGCUUGCUAAGGCAGAUGUGACCAGGGUUACUAAGGAAAUAGCUGACGCGAAAGCUCAAAUGGAGCAUUUGAUGAAGAACCAGGAACGUUUGGACCGCGAGCUGGCUGAGGCAAACGCUAAUAACGCACAAAUGGAGGAGCGCGUCGCGGAGAUCAUCAAGGAGACCAUGCUCACUGAGCGGACCAAACAUUGGCUCCUCGAACGCGUAGUCCGUGCGCAACGCUUUGGGACUGAGCUCUCCACCGCUAUAAAGCGUCAGUCAGUCCGCCCUAAGAAGCCGAAAGACCAGAUUUUAGCAGACCACACCCAAGCGAAGAACUUAAACGAACGGCUGCGGUACAUUGUAGGAGUGCUGGAGGACGAGUAUCCACACCUUGAGGACAAGCUACAAUAUGUAUUCAACACCCUCAACAUAUUCUCUCCAGGAGGGAGUCCGGACCUGCCUGACUGCGGCAAUUGUAAAAUGUUAGAAGGCGGUUAUUUCGCUAUGACUGAUGAAGAGAUCAUAGAGGUCGCUAAGGCCAAACGAGGAAUUGUUCCAGAGGAACAGGGUAACCAACUCGAAGAACUGCAAAAGCAGACUUGA